AUGCACACGGAAGAUAGUGUGGGACAGGCGGACCGAGGGGACGGAAGGGUGCGACGCGCAGGCGUGUUCCAGUCGCCCGCGCGACCCCGCCGCCGCCGGCCGCGCGCCAUGGACGAGACUAGAGUUCGUGACCGAGCGCCACUCACCGUCAUAGUCGCCCCCAGCAACGCUUCACCCCCCAGACUAUCUCCUGCAGACUUGCUACCCGAUGGAGAUGCAGCUUUUCAUCCCCUAUCUGCUGUCAACGGACGUCUAACACCUCCAGGACUAGAGCCAGCGUCGUACGCAACGCUCACACCUCUUCUACCCUUACCCCCAAUCAGCACAGUUUCGGACAAAUUCGCGUACCAUGCUGGAGGUACUUUUACUGUUAUUCAACAGCAACAGUCUUACGCUUCGUUAUCCCCCGCACCAUAUAAUGAACCUUUGUCGCCACAAUCAGCGUAUAGCAGACGUAGUGCGUCUCCGAAUUCGUUUGAAAGGCGCUCCCCCACCCCUCCGUUGCCCAGCCCGGGCUUGGACCUCAAUGCGGCGCUUUUAGCGAGGGAGGCGAGGGAGGAACAACAGCAGGCUCAAGCGCAGAAUGAUACUGAAGAGAUUAAUACAAAGGAGCUAGCUCAAAGGAUAAGUGGCGAGUUGAAGAGGUACUCGAUCCCUCAGGCGAUAUUCGCGCAGAGGGUACUCUGUCGGUCGCAAGGGACGUUAAGUGACCUGCUACGGAAUCCAAAGCCAUGGUCCAAGCUCAAGUCAGGCCGGGAGACCUUUAGGCGGAUGUGGAAAUGGCUCCAAGAGCCAGAAUUUCAAAGGAUGUCAGCGUUGAGGCUAGCAGCGGCCCAGAUUCCGCAGAGAGGCAGCUGCAAGCGCAAGGAGGAUAUGGGUUCGGAUACUCUGCCUUCCCCGAAGAAGCCGCGUUUGGUUUUCACAGACCUCCAGCGGCGUACUCUGCAAGCUAUUUUUAAGGAAACAAAGCGACCAUCAAAAGAAAUGCAAGUAACGAUAGCGAGGCAACUCGGCUUAGAGCCGACUACAGUUGGUAAUUUCUUUAUGAACGCGCGAAGAAGAUCUAUGGAUAAGUGGAAAGAUGAUGAUGCACCAUCAACAGAACUAGACCAGCAAUGUGAGGUUCAAGACUUGGAUCAUGUCCCAAGUUUAGAUUCAGCAGAGUCUGAGGAAGACCAUGAUGAUCAAGACGAUCACCUUUUG